AUGCUGAACACUGCAAUAACGACGAAAAACUAUGAAGACAUUGAUCCUCGGUUGGUCACUAAACAGGUGGCACGGCGCCGCCACUAUACGCUCAGUGACAUCGCGCGUCACAGCUCUCACUACGAUUGCUGGGUGGCUCUUUUUGGACGCGUGCUCGAUCUGACGCCUUUGCUAGUAAAGCACCAAAACGAGUUAGCUCUACCUCUCAUAGCAGCCGCCGGCACAGACAUUUCGGACUGGUUCGACGAGGAGACACGAAAUCCUAAACGGCAUAUCGAUCCCGCAACGGGAAUCGAACAGCCUUAUACACCUCAGGGCAGAUUCAUUCAUAUCCCGCCUCCCUAUCCCUCUGCCGAUUGGGCAACAAAUAUCGAGACGCCUUGGUGGCUCGAUGAGAAAUACGUGAUUGGACAUCUCACGAAGAAAGCGCGGAAAAUCCGAAUACGGAAUCUGCUGGUUCAACAUGACGUGGUUCUUGAGGUGGCAUCCGAGGACACAAUCAAAGAAAUACAAGCAAGGUAUCUAAGCGAGAACGACCAUGCCGGUUCUUACAUGUGGACACGACUCGAAAAACCGUUGGACAUGGAGAGAACUCUGGAGGAGAACGGAAUACCAGACGAGGAGGCGCGCCUACGCACUCUCGGCAUCAACCCCGAUGACCACAUUCCCGCUCUCCACUUGUACUUCAACGACGACUUGACGGUUGCGUGA